CUAUACUUUCCGGCGUCUCUUGGUAUUGACGUCACUGAAGCGCCACACGUGUGAAGAAGUUGCUUAAAGGAGCCGAGCGCGGUUCGUUUUGUGAUCGUGGACAGCAGUAUGAAGUAUAUACUGGUGACAGGUGGCGUCAUCUCUGGCAUUGGAAAAGGGGUUAUUGCCAGUAGUAUCGGGACCAUUCUGAAAUCAAGCAACCUUCAUGUCACAUCAAUCAAAAUUGACCCCUACAUCAAUAUUGAUGCUGGGACCUUCUCUCCGUAUGAACAUGGUGAAGUAUUUGUGCUGGAUGAUGGAGGUGAAGUGGACCUCGACCUUGGCAAUUAUGAACGUUUUCUAGACAUCCGAUUAACAAAAGAUAAUAAUUUAACAACAGGAAAAAUCUACCAGUCUGUUAUUAACAAGGAGAGAAAAGGCGAUUACCUUGGAAAAACCGUUCAAGUUGUUCCUCACAUCACAGAUGCAAUCCAAGAGUGGGUAAUGAGACAAGCUCUUAUUCCAGUGGAUGAAGAUGGUAUAGAACCAGAAGUCUGUGUGAUAGAGCUUGGGGGCACUGUAGGAGAUAUUGAAAGCAUGCCUUUUGUGGAAGCAUUUCGUCAGUUCCAGUUCAAAGCUCGCAGAGAAAACUUCUGCAAUAUUCAUGUCAGCCUUGUACCUCAGCCUAGUGCUACUGGGGAGCAGAAAACCAAACCUACACAGAACAGUGUGCGGGAACUCCGUGGGCUGGGCCUAUCGCCAGACUUGGUGGUGUGUAGGUGUUCCACUCCACUAGACACUUCAGUUAAGGAGAAAAUAUCCAUGUUCUGUCAUGUAGAGCCACAGCAGGUUAUCUGUGUUCAUGAUGUUUCGUCAAUAUAUAGAGUUCCUCUAUUGCUGGAGGAACAGGGAGUUGUGGAAUAUUUCCGCCAGCGGCUGGAUCUUCCCAUCAGUCGCCAGCCUCGAAGAUUACUCAUGAAGUGGAAAGAGAUGGCAGACAGAUAUGAACGCUUGUUGGAAUCCUGCAGUAUUGCUUUAGUAGGAAAGUAUACAAAAUUCUCAGAUUCUUAUGCUUCUGUAAUCAAGGCUCUGGAACAUUCUGCACUAGCAAUAAACCAUCGCCUGGAAAUCAAGUAUAUAGAUUCUGCAGAUUUAGAGCAAGAAACCCUUCAGGAAGAGCCUGUACGUUAUCACGAAGCUUGGCAGAAGCUUUGCAGCUCAGAUGGGAUCUUGGUUCCUGGAGGAUUUGGGGUACGAGGAACAGAAGGGAAGAUUCAGGCAAUAGCCUGGGCACGAAAACAGAAGAAGCCUUUUUUGGGGGUGUGCCUAGGAAUGCAGUUGGCUGUUGUUGAAUUUGCACGAGAUGUCCUGGGCUGGAAAGAUGCUAAUUCCACAGAAUUCAACCCUAAAACAAGUCAUCCUGUGGUAAUUGACAUGCCCGAACAUAACCCUGGUCAGAUGGGGGGAACCAUGAGGUUAGGCAAAAGAAGGACCAUCUUUCAUUACCAGAAUUCAGUCAUGAAGAAAUUAUAUGGAGGCCAUGAGUAUGUAGAAGAGAGACACCGCCACAGAUAUGAGGUGAACCCAGAACUUCGAAGAGAGCUGGAAACCCGAGGCCUAAAGUUUGUAGGUCAGGAUACUGAAGGAGAAAGGAUGGAGAUUGUUGAAUUGGAAGAUCAUCCUUAUUUUGUUGGUGUUCAGUAUCAUCCAGAAUUUCUAUCACGUCCCAUCAAGCCUUCACCUCCAUAUUUUGGCUUGUUACUGGCGUCUGUGGGAAGACUUUCUCAGUAUAUAGAAAGAGGAUGCCGGCUUUCACCUAGGGACACAUACAGCGACAGAAGUGAGAACAGUUCUCCUGAUGCAGAAAUAGCAGAACUCAAGUUACCGGUGAUUGAUCACGAGUGAAUGAUGACGUUCAUUGUCUUUUGGAAGAACUGACUCCUGAUGGAUAAACAUCUAUUACUAUCCCAAAGCCUUUUUUUUUUGUUCCUGUUUAAAUGAUAAGAACCUCAUUGUAUUACUUUCUCUCUUGUUUUGUACCCUCUGUAAAAGGUGGGUAACUUUUCUUCUUCAUUUGUGUUCUUCCAGUAUUGAUCUUAUUCUUUCCUCCUCCACCUUUGAGAAACCAGUAUUACUGAGAUCUGAAUCUGCCCAGUGCUGUCCUACAUUUAAGACUGUUGGAAUGCACUUUCUCUCCACUCUGGGGUUAAAACACUGAGACUCUUGCCCUGAUAGGCUUCUGCCUCUAUAGCAGAUGUGUUUAUAUGUACUAUACCUAAUAACGUAUGAGUUCUGAGUACCUGGCAGAUUUGUAUAUAUUUGAAGGCAGUUCUUUAGUGCACUGGCAAACUGUAUCAUCAGUCUGGAAAUAAUGUCCCAAACGGCAGGCACUUUAAAAGCAAGUGUAUGUAGGGCAUGUAUAUUAUAAAAGGUCAACACCUUCAAUCACAUUAAGGGAUAUGUCAUAUUUUGCCUAUUUAUAAUCUUGUUUAACAUUUUUACACAGUCUUAAAUAUUGCUGUGUAACUGUUUCUUUUCUCUUUCCCACUGUACUUGGUUCUGGUAAAGCAAAGGGGAGCUGGAUGACCUUUUGCUGUAUUUAUUUGCCAUGGGAAAAUAAUCUAGUAAAAAAAGCUGUGACCUUGUGUUGGCUGACUUUUGGGAUACACAGAUUCUUGACUGAAUACACAUGUACACACGUGUACAAGUAUGUACGUACAAAUAAGUAUACUGUCAUCCCUUACCCAAAAUAUCCAUGCAUUGUGGCAGCUGAUAGGCACACACAGGCUACCCAGUUUUAUACUGGAGUAAAACGGGGAUUUAGGAGCAGUCCCACAGUGACUGGUGCAUCUGCAAAACAGCUGCAGUGUAAGAUAGGGAUGGCUCUGUCCUGGUUUAGUGUUAUGCCUGCAAGUAAAUAAGCGGAUUAUGAAAACAUGGUGGAAUGAUGAAGGAAGUAAUGGAGGAAGGCGAUUUUAAUUUUCUUAGUUCAUAGGAAAGUAUUCCAGUCUGUCCUAUGGAUUUUCAGACCCCAGUAUUUAUCUGCAGACUCACAGCAUUCUGUAUUCUGUCACCUCCUGCUGCCAUAUUUAACCAUAUGAUGACUGGUUUUGGUUGCAGGACUCUGGCUUGGUUACCCCUAGAUAUGACUAGAGGUAAUUCCAAGCCUUGUACAGCUUACUUGUUCUUAAGAUUAUAGCCCCAUUACAGAUUGGCAUGUUAUGAGUUCUACAGAUAAAAUAUAGGGAUAUUUCCCAACAUAUAUUCAAAUGAAGGUCUUAUAGAUUACGUUCACAAUUAAAAUGAACUUUUAGCAUCAUGUACACAAUUAGUAGAUUUUAUUCUACAACUCAUUAAUUUGCCAUCCACACUGUUAUUGCUAACUAAGGUUUCAUGGAACCAGUUAGUGGUAUAAAUGUCAGAAGGGAACAUGUGUAGGGUGAGGGCCUUAAUAGAAAGCUAAGCGAGGUAUAUAAUUUGUUUUCUGGAAGACUUGGGACCAGGGAUUUCCAUAUAAGGGGUUUAUGUAUAAUUUGGAGCUUUGUUCUGAAAGAGUACUGUAACAUUACGAAAUAGUUGUUUUGAAAAACUAUUUAUUGAUAUAAUACCCUCUGUAGAAUGAUACUGCCAAUUCUUGGAGCUUUCAUGUUUGUGUUUCUAGAUGGUAAUGUAUGUUUUAUAAAAUAACAGAAAAAAACAGCCUAAAAUCCAUUUUGCCUUUGAGACUGCUACCCAGGCAGUAUUCUAAAUUCCAGGGUUUAGAGAGUCAGAAAAAAGACAAAUCAUAAAAAAAAUGUAAAAGCCAAUUAUCUAUUACUGUCUCCAUCACUAAGAUGAACUUCCCAAUCAGUUUGGGAAGUAUUUGUCUUUUCUGUGUGGAUAAGCAUAACUGGCUGUUUCUCUUAUCGGCCUUGCACAAAACAUUCUUGCGGUUGGGCUGUAGUUAUUUGUAGUGACUGUUCCCUUAAACAAGCUAACGUCUUGCUGCUUUUGUUUCUAGAAUUAAACUAACAGUAAUGGAAGAAUCCAGUUAUAUUGCAAAAUUAAAGAGCUCAUAAAUCUGAUUUUAUUUUGUACAGCAAGGUAACAAUAUUUGUCAUUAUUAUUGCCCUGUGUCAAGGGCAAUUCCUUAUAACAAAAGGGAAGUACCAUCUAAAGCCAUAUUUGACAGAUUAGAUGCAGAUUCCAUGGAACACUGUAGUGAUAAAUUUGAUUGUAACAAGCAAAGGUAGGCCUCUGGCUUAGGAAUACAUUACUGUCCCUGUCAAUAGAGGGUCUGUAAAAAAAUACAAAUGCACGGAGCCACAGCACAUGUACCCACAGGCACUUGGGCAUAUGGUUGAUAUGUAGGCGAGACAGUAUUGGGUACAGACAGAUAAAAUAAGUUCUUCAACAUUUCAGGUUUUCAUUUUAGCAGCAUAAAUAAGGUUUAGUAUUAGUAACUAAUUACUGAAGUGCAUUGAGCUGUUGGGACUAUUUUAAGUUGGUAUGUACUUCCAAGGCAAAACGUGUAAUAUUAGUGCUGAAAUCUAGAACUUGGUAUCUUCUGGAAUUUUGCCAGGUUUUUACAUCAUAUAUUAUUUUAAUAACUACUGUGAAAAAUGUCAUUAUUAAAGCUGCCUUUACAUUUA